GUUUGGGAAGAGGAGCAGAGGCUUGCAACGGGAGAGACCUCUGCCGCACCCUUUGGGACUCCCUCGCCUCGUCCAAAAAUUAAUAAAGGGAAGCAUGGCCUUUUCUCUCUGAAGAUGCUGAGCCCCUCUUGACAUCCAGGGGACAAAGAGGACCCUUCUGCGGCGCACGUUUUCCCCCCCUGCAAAGUUUUGAUGGUCUUCUUGUUUCGCAGGAUUCAACAGUAGAUGUCCAAGAUGUUCCCGGGUGCCUUUUUAAUCGUUCUGCUCUACACGGCUGUGGUUCCCUUCCUUGCUCAAAAUGACGUUGAUGUGGUUCGCGCCUCACCUUCCUGUGAAGAUAAAACUGACUGCCCAAUCAACGUAUACUUUGUGAUUGACACCUCGGAGAGCGUGGCCCUGCAGACGGUGCCCAUCCAGAGUCUGGUGGAUAACAUCAAAUUGUUUAUCCCGGCAUUCAUCAGAAAGCUGGAGAACGAACUUUACCAGAGCCAAGUGUCAAUCACUUGGCAAUUCGCUGGACUUCAUUUCUCAGAUGUGGUGAAGAUUUUCAGUGAAUUCACCACCAGCAAGGACCAGUUUUUAAACCGGUUGCAAAGCAUUCAGUACAUUGGCAGAGGCACUUUUACGGAUUGUGCUAUCUCCAACAUGACAGAACAGAUACUUACCAAGACCCCUCAGGGAGUGAAGUAUGCAAUUGUAAUCACUGAUGGUCACGUGACGGGCAGUCCCUGCGGAGGGAUGAAGAUGCAGGCGGAAAGAGCACGUGAUGCCGAUAUCAAGCUCUUUGCGGUGGCCCCAAGUCAGAACAUCUACGAAACCGGCCUCCGAGAGAUCGCCAAUUCCCCGCACGAACUUUACCGUAACAAUUAUGCCACAACCAAGAGAGAUGCCCUUGAUGUUGAUGAGGACACCAUUGAUAGAAUCAUCCAAGUUAUGAAACAUGACGCCUAUGGAGAGUGCUACAAAAUGCGCUGUCUGGAAAUUCAAGGCCCAGCCGGUCCGAAGGGCUUCCGAGGGCAGAAGGGUGCGAAAGGUAACAUGGGAGGCCCUGGAGCUCCUGGUGUUAAAGGACGACAGGGUGACCCAGGAAUUGAAGGACCGAUUGGACAUCCUGGUCCCAAGGGAGUUCAUGGGCUCAAAGGAGAAAAGGGUGAAUUUGGAGGAGAUGGCAGAAAGGGAGCUGGUGGUUUAGCUGGAAGGAAUGGCACGGAUGGUCAGAAGGGCAAGCUUGGGCGUAUUGGAGCUCCUGGAUGUAAGGGCGACCCAGGGGACAGGGGUCCUGAUGGCUACCCAGGUACCGCGGGGGAUCAAGGACUACUUGGUGACCCAGGAGUAAAGGGUUAUCCUGGUCGACCUGGCCGGAGUGGACCACCGGGUGCUCCUGGAGAAAGAGGAGGCAGGGGACCAAAAGGCACCAAUGGAGCCCCUGGAAGCCCUGGUAACAAAGGAGGCAAAGGUGGCCCUGGACCUGCUGGCCCCAAAGGAGAACCCGGCCGUCGAGGUGAUCCAGGCCCAAAGGGGACCCCAGCUGGUCCUGGAGCCAAAGGAGAGAGGGGUGAUCCUGGUUCCGAGGGCCUACGGGGGCUAGCAGGAGAAGUUGGGAGCAAAGGAGGAAGGGGGGAACGAGGACUACCUGGCCCACGAGGCCCUCAAGGGUCUGUGGGGGAGGGAGGCAAGCCUGGUUCUCGAGGAGAUGCUGGUGAUGCAGGACUAAGGGGUGACUCGGGCCUUCCAGGACCAAAGGGAGACCGAGGAAGACCUGGCUUUAACUAUCCUGGCCCCAGAGGGCUUUCGGGUGAAAAGGGCGAGAAGGGCGUUCAAGGACUGGAGGGUGGAAGAGGGGACUUUGGACUGAAAGGCCCACCAGGACCAAAAGGAGAGAAAGGUGAACCUGCUGAUGGUGGCCCAGAAGGUGAACCUGGACCCAGAGGACCUAUUGGUGAUACUGGCCCUGAGGGAGGCCCUGGUCCUGCAGGAGAUCCUGGCUUAACGGAUUGUGAUGUGAUGACCUACAUCCGAGAGACCUGUGGGUGUUGCGAUUGUGAGAAGGUUUGUGGCCCCUUGGACAUCGUCUUCAUCAUAGACAGCUCAGAGAGCAUCGGCUACACCAAUUUCUCCAUGGAGAAGAACUUUGUCAUCAAUGUUGUGAGCCGACUUGGUUCCAUUGCCAAAGACCCCAAAUCGGAGACAGGGGCCCGAGUUGGAGUGGUGCAGUACAGUCACGAAGGCACCUUUGAAGCCAUCCAGCUCAAUGAUCCGAACAUCAACUCCCUCUCCAGUUUCAAAGAGGCCGUGAAGAGGCUACAGUGGAUAGCAGGGGGCACCUGGACACACUCCGCCCUCCAGUUCGCCUACAACACGCUCAUCAAAGAAAGCCGGCGGGAGAAAGCCCGGGUUUUUGCCGUGGUGGUGACUGACGGGCGGCACGAUCCCCGGGACAUAGACUCCCAACCUCUCUGCGGCGGGGACGUCGACGUCACCGCUAUCGGGAUUGGGGACAUGUUCCACAAGGAACAGGAAGAAGAGACCCUGAAGUCCAUCGCCUGUGGCGACGACGGCAAAGUUCAGAAGAUGAGGCUGUUUACAGAGCUGGUGGCCGAAGAGUUCAUUGACCGCAUGGAGUUCGAACUCUGCCCAGAUCCCCAGAUUGUCUGUCCUGAGCUGCCAUGCCAAACAGAGCUUGCUGUAGCUCAGUGCACGCAAAGGCCGGUUGACAUCGUCUUCCUCCUAGACGGCUCUGAAAGGAUUGGCGCGCUGAAUUUCCAGAGGGCCCAUGACUUUAUAGAAAAUGUGGCCCGUCGCCUCACGCUGGCCAGAAGUGACAACGAGAACAUGAACGCGCGCCUUGCCCUCCUACAAUACGGGAGUGAGAAUGAACAUGUGGUCGUUUUCCCAUUAACGUACAAUCUCACGGACAUCUCCGAUUCCAUAGCAAAAAUCGCAUACUUGGACUCUUCUUCCAACCUGGGUUCUGCCAUCAUCUAUGCCGUCAACAAUCUCGUCAUCAACCCCAGAGACAGGGCGAGGGGAGCCCGGCGCAACGCGGAGCUUUCCUUUGUCUUCAUCACAGAUGGCAUCACGGGCAACAAAAAUCUAGAUGAAGCCAUUGACUCCAUGAAGAAACAGAAUGUCGUUCCCACCGUGGUGGCCUUAGGCAGUGAUGUGGACAUGAGUGUCCUGAUGAAAAUUGGUCUGGGGGACCGGGCGGCCAUUUUCCGGGAGAAGGACUACGCCAGCCUCUCCCAGCCUGGUUUCUUCGACAGAUUCAUUAGGUGGAUCUGUUAGCUUCAGGGAAAUGCAGUCUCCCGUCAAGCACCGCAGAUAUUAAUGUCCUGAAAUUGUUGUAUAGUAUAAACUGUCCCAGGACAGGUGGCGCAAAAAUCUUCCAGGGGUUUAUUUUUAUAAUCAAAACCUAUAGGCAUAUUUUAAAUUUGAUCAUGAUGAAAGUCAUGUUUAUGGUGCUAAUUAAAAAACCAAGGCAGAGAUAGGAUCCAGAACCUCCCCCGGGUAGUUUUGCCAUGUGUUAAAGCUUAGUUCGUUUAAACAGUUUUCGUACUGUAAUCCUCUAAGUAGUAAACAAAGAACGGCAAAGGAUUUGUAUUCAACACUGAGUCUGCUUCUACUCCGGGAACAAGAUAAGCAGCUGCAAGUGGAAUUAAAUUGGUUCCAUAUAGCCAGUGGUGGGAUUCAAAUAAUUUAACACCUGGUUGUCUACCAGCACCAUUUUAACAACCGUUUCUGCCGAAGUGGUGCGAACCGGCUGAAUCCCACCACUGCAUAGAGCCAAUAGCUUAUUCUGUUCUUCACAAAAAUCUAGCCAUGCCCAUCUCCAUAGGAAAGAUCCUACUAUAUGUUUACUCAGGAGUAAGUUCUAUUCUGCAGUUGUCCAGCAUCUCCCUAACAAUCUAUUUACAUUUAACUUGGUCUCUCCUGGAUAUUGUAUUGCUGUUCCCACUUCUCAGCUUCAUCGUUUUUCUCCUGUUCACUGGAAUUAGCUGUGGUAUUACUCAACUCAGAGGUGGAGUGCUUACAGGAACAUGUGGGGUCACGGGAACAUGUGGCAGCUGGUCACGUGAGGGCCCUCCCCUCGGCUCGGCCCUGCCCCACUUGGCUGUCCCUUCAGCCGGCGAAGCCUCCGCGGGCCGAAGGAGCAACCUGGCUGGGCCACCACUGCAUGCCCCUCGGCCCGUGGCAGGCUACUACUAACUAAAGUAAGUGGGGCAAGGGGGGCAAUGUGGGGGCGCAAGGAAGUUGGGGGGCACCUGGAGCAGGUGUUGCCCCGGGCUCCAUUUCCUCCCCCUACGCCUAUGACUUAACUAAUCUAUAAUUGCUGCUUUGCUCUGUAGCAAAAGCAAUUGCUCUUUUUUUAAUUUACUUUUUCAUGAACGUCGUUUCCUGGGGGGGUACAAUUAUGGGCAUUUAAAGAGAAACAAGCCGUUGAUUUGGCUCCACAGAGAAGUAGGGGUUAAAAAUCCAUUUCCCUUCAAAACAAAUGAUUAAAGAACAAUUCAGGAAUGCUGUGGCUACCUCAAGUGAAUAGGAAGCUGAGAAAUAGACAAGGAUAUAUAAAACAGAGCGGGAAGAAGCAGGGAUUUGAACCUUGGGAUGUCUUAAUAGGACUUUGCCGUACACAAGGUGUUAUUUGCACUUACGUUUGGAGUUAGGUUUUUUUUUUUAACCCACCCCAAAUCAGAUCAGAAAUACCCACAAACCGGAUUCCCUUCCCUCCCAUCUUUUUCCGAAGCUCUUCUUCUCUAUGGGCAGGCAGGCAUCAUUUAACUGUGGUUCUGAUCCGGGUGCUAAUGGUUCCCACCAUACUGAAGAAUCCAAGGUGCACACAGCGCUUAGCUAUAGGAUGUCUCGUGACUGCGACUGCUAGACUCUGACCCGUGCCACUCAUGAAGACCUUGCCCCCUUCCUUUCCCACGAUUGUUCAAUGGUCGCAGCAACAGAUGGCUUUCGGCACGUUGCGGAAUGUGCAUUAAACGCACCUCGCUAGUUGGGUAGCUGCCAUUGCAACAUCGCAAGAGGCAGAAAGGAAUCUGUCUCUGUUAAAGAGGCAGGCCAGGUGGUUGUCCUGGUGUGCCAAUGCGAUCUUGCUUCCAGUGCAAAUGGCAGGUGGAAAUACCUGUGGCUUCAUCCCACAACACUAUCCCAUUUCCCGCUCUGCUACUGUCUCUCCAAAAAAAAAAAGCUGAAAUUUCCUUAGUUACUUUGGCUCAGGCUCUAGUUUUCCCAUCACCAUGGGCAGCACAAUCAUAGUCUAGAUAUGAACUGUGCCACAGGCAGAUUUUCUGGUCUGAGGGUUUUUUUGCUAGCCCACCACGCAGUGCCUUUUUAUCAUAUGCAAUCUACCUGUGGAAACUAGGUCUCCUUCUGUCAGCUCCCGGCUGUUCCCUCCCAUUAACCACCAGUAAUUCACCCUCUGGAAAAUGAUACGGAGCAUCAGGUCAGGCAAGAAGCAAGACCCUGUCUGUUGAUGCACGCGGAAACCGCAAACUGUCGUGUAUUGCUCUUUUUGGAACAAUAUCCUGACUUGAGCCAAAAUUGCACUCUUGAUUAAUAAACUCUUUUUCACACUACCUUAAAAAA